AUGUCAAAUGUAUUAACAGCAAAUCAAUUAGAGCUUUUCAAUUAUGCCUUUCCAACCGCUACAUUAAUACUUGCCAGCAAUAAACCACAUACUAUUCCGCGUGAAUUACUUCGUCAAGUAAAAGAAAUCGGUUGUGAUAAUUUCGGGCUAAGUCGAUAUGUGUUAACAUAUCCAGCAUCUCAAGUAAUUAAUUUACUAAGGACAUCUUCGUGGUGUACGGUAUGGAUUUUAUUCUCAAAAUCCUUCAAAUUCAAGAAUCCACAUUUUAAUAUUGAAGAUUACAACGAUUUAUUACAACAAGAAAAUAAUAAGAUUGUAUUUAAUAAAGGUUAUCACAUGAGUCUAUGUUAUGGGACUCUAAUUUCAAUGAAUAAAUUUCAUUGGUAUUCAUCUAACUAUCAUUAUGAGAAGAAAUCCAACUGGAUAAUAAGAUUUAUUGCAAAUAGAGCUGAAUUAGUUGAAAUGAGUAAUCGAACAGUAUUACGAAGAGUAAUUACAGCAGAGCAUUUGGAUUGA